AUGUCGGACAAUGAAGACGAAAGAGGAUGCAACGAGUUCGCCGAGAUGAUUGAACAACUCGAGAAGGCUAUAGACAUGGUGGAAACACACAAGAAGGAAAACUACGCCAUGCCAAAGGAAUACUAUAACAUGUUUAUGUCCGAAGAGACAAGUGACGAAGAAAAAGUACUUUCUUACAAGGGGUUUGCGUUGUUCACGUCAACGGACGACGAAUUCUAUAAAUCCUUUGUCAAAGGAAAACUCAGAAAUUUAUUCCCAUUUUUUGAAGAGCAUUUUGAGAGACCGUUCACAGAUUGGACACUUAUGUUACUCAAGUGCUGCUUCAAAGACAAAAAGCCAAGCGAAAAAAUUAUAGACGGAAUUUGCUCAACAAUCACUAUGACUCUUGACGAAGAUCAACACCCAACAAAAGCACUAAACGAGUCAUUUUUAUUGCUCCACAAGACCUUUGUGUUGUACCCAGAUUUGGUUGAUGUGAUUGUCAAAAGCGAUUCAUUCCAGUCAGGUAGAUUCGUCCAGGGGCUUAUUUUGGAGCUUAUUUUCACGGACUUCAAGGAGUCAUUGUAUUCCAUGUGCCUUGACUUGCUUGGCGUUCUCUUUGGAAGACCAGACACCGAAGGAUGUCUAUACAUAAACGAUCUGAAUGUAUUACUUUCCGACGUAUUUCCCGCUUUGUGCAGGGCAACAAACAACGUUGUCGAGGUUGUGAUGAAUAAGAUGUGCACUGUUUUAAUUCCGAUACUUAAAAUUGGAAGAAUCAAUCCGCAGUAUGAAGAAGUCCAAACGUUCGAUGAGAGUCUCCAAGCGCUUCUUGACAACAACACCGAAGAUGUUGAUAUUGUCCGAGAACUCCAACAGUUAUCAAACCCGUUGAACUAA